AUGAUGUCAUCCAUAAAACGACUGCAGAAGGAACUGAAGGACAUCACCAAGGACCCCCCGCCCAUGUGCUCUGCAGGGCCUGUGGAGAAUGACCUGUUCAAAUGGAAGGGGGCCAUCAUGGGUCCCUCUGACAGCCCGUAUGAGGGAGGGGUGUUCUGCCUAAACAUACAAUUCCCAGGCAAUUACCCCUUCAGGCCCCCACAGAUUUACUUUACCACCCCAAUCUACCACCCCAAUAUCAACCGGAGAGGCUAUAUCUGCCUGGAUAUUCUCAAGUCCCAGUGGUCUCCUGCACUGACUAUAUCCAAACUCCUGUUGUCCAUCAGCUCCAUGCUAUGUGACCCCAACCCGAAUGAUGCCUUAGUUCCAUCCAUUGCCAGAAUGUACCUAACAGAUAGGGACAACUAUAAUACCAUGGCCCGAGCCUGGACCAAGAAGUAUGCCAUGUGA